GCUGAGCUACAAACAAUAGCUGCAUAGAUUUCUUUCAAAUAAUCACUUCUUCUAUCAUUGAAAGUGAAUAUCCAUGUUGAUCCAGUGUAUCGAAUAAUCUGCCGAAGUGCUGUUCGGAGCUGAUUAUCACACUAGUACCCUGAGCAAAUCCGCUUGACUUGUGUGCUUUUCACAUUGAAUAUGAGCAAGUCAAAGAGUGGUAGUGAUGGUAGCUCAGCACCUCUUGCUAAAAAGAAACGCAGAGCCGGUCGUGCCGUGGAAAUGAACGAUGCUUUCCUCGAAGAAACGCUGUUAUCUUCAAUGAAGAAAUCAAUUAGGAAACGUAAAUCACUGAGCAAUGAUAAUGCCAAGGUGUUCUCAUCACCUUUCAUCUGCUGCUCAUUGCGGGAUUUUGUCACCGACAAGGGCACGUUCAUCAAGGACCUGCGCAAAGAAGUGGAAGACCUGCCGUUCGUUGCCAAGAUUAAUGAUCUCUACAGCUUUCAACAGACUGAUGAUAUUCGCAACUGCCCAGGACCGUGUCUGGAAGCGUUUAGGAAGUUACUUGGUACAAAAGUGCUCAACUUCCUUCGUCAAGUGACCGGUAUUGAACUGUCAGAUCGGGUUGAUGCCACCUGCUCCAAAUAUGAAGACGGAGAUACUCUGCUGUGUCAUGAUGACGAACUGGAGGGACGGCGAAUUGCGUUCAUCUACUAUCUGGUGCCAGAGUGGACAGACACAGACGGCGGAUGCCUGGACUUAUUCUCAGUAGACGAGCAUGGGCAGCCUGAUCAGAUUGUGGAGUCGAUCGUUCCACAGCCCAAUAUGUUCAACUUCUUCCCUGUGACACUGGACUCAUUUCACCAGGUAGCAGAGGUGCGCUCCGCAAGUAGAACACGUUUGUCUAUAAGUGGCUGGUUCUACGGUGAACCUUUCCACCGACCCAGUCCGUACAUGGAGCCGGAACCGCCAUUGUCAGGCCCGCUGACUGGUGUCACUAUUCAAGAUUGGGUAAACAAGGUCUACUUCAAACCAGCUGUCCAGAGAAAGAUCAGGAAGAGAUUUGAGAAGCACUCUGAAGCCCAGCUGCAUGCUUUCCUGAAGCCGGAGAAAUAUGAUGAAGUUAGCCGUGCACUUGAAGCAGCGGGCACUCCCUGGAAAUGGCAAGGGCCAGCUAACAAGAGGCACUUUCAGUCGCUAGCAACAUCUUCUAUUCCUUUAGUGAAGGAAUGUGCAGAGAUACUUGCCUCUGAAGAGAUGUUUUCUCUUUUGGCCAAGCUGACAGGGAUGAAUCUUGCUGAGGACAAGAGCAUCGAAGACGCACCUCUGCCUGAUGCUGCCAAUGGUGCAGGGAACGUGGCAGCAAGCUCAUCGGCGUGCGCGAAUGGUGAUGACAGUGAGGACGAGAUGUUGAUGUGUGCGGACGAUGGUGAUGAAGAAGACGAGGAUGAUGACAAUUCCGAUGAAGAAGACGACGAUGACAUCAGUGAUGACGACGAGGACAACGCUAGCGAGGAUGCACCACUGGGCAAGCCGACGAGUCAGGUAUCCGUACGUCACUGGUCACCCGGCUGCUACACUCUCAUGCAUGACCUAGAGAAUCAGCCGAGGAGCAUGGCUCUGGAUGCACAGCUCUUCUUCAAAGCUGAAGAAUGGGAACCUAACUGUGGUGGCUUCACGUGCUAUGUGGCAAAGGGAGAAGAUGAAGAGCUUUUGAGCAUCCAACCAAUGACGAACAGCUUGGCACUGGUGUGCCGAGAUAAUGAGACAAUGCGCUUCAUCAAGUACCUCAACCAUCUCACACCCACGCCGGAGGACCAACAGGAAGAAGAUGAUGCAGACGAGGAUGCGCCAGACAAUACGACUGGUAGCAGUCAGACGCCGAAGAAGGGGUGUAGCUUCUUCGACAUUGCCGUGACAUACCUGGAGUGAGUUUGCAUCAUCCAGACUAGAGCAAGACAAGGAAUGCAGAAUCUGACAACUGUAAUCAGUGCUCGGGGUGUAGGCUUGGAAGCAGAUGACUGAGGCCACUCGUAGAGGCGACUACAAUGGCACACACAUGGGAGGUCUAUCUUGUGACUGCUAUGGUACGUAUGGUGCUAUAUCAGGGCGCUGGUUGUCCGCAUAGUGUGCCCCCUGACCUGGAAUACACCGGAACGUUAAGCCUGGAUGCCACCGUCCUCUGGCACUCCGAGACUGGCCGCAACAUGGGACUGAGCUCAGUGCUCCUGAUCCUCUUCCUGUUGCCAGCCAAUCGUUCAACCAUUGGAUUGAGCGCAUGCUAGCAACCUACAGAUACAACGCCCAGCGGUCGGGUUUGCUCUUGAUCCCCGAUCACCAGCUGAUCAUGGAUUGUAGGCAGUCAAGCCAGUGUGAAGGAUGCAUUGAGUAAGUAACAUCCUCUGCAUUAGCAGCUGGUACUACAUACCGCACUGUUAAAGGUUAUAUACAGAGGACUGUGCUGGCCAUCACCUGUUUGUGGGUCUGUGAAACAGCUGCAGUUGUUUCAGGCACCGGUGCGUUCACUCUCAGACCAAGCGUGUGACUGUCACCGUGUUUGUCAACAGACCAGCCACUCCACUGGACUGACAUUGCUCAGGAUUUGCAUUCCUUGAGUUUUAUUAUGACAGUGUUGACUCUAUAGCCUGCUUCUGCUAACAAUGCCAUAGCUGUAUGCUCAUACCGUGAUUUCUGAUGUUACUCAGAAGUGAAUCCCUCGCUUGACCCGUGAGUGACCCAUCCGGGUAGUUUCCUACCUAUCCGCCAACUGGCUUGCAGCCACUGCCACUCUUCAUAACCAUUGCUAUUAGCAGCUGGAAAGUGCUGCUUCAAAUGAAAUAAUCAAAAGUUGAGAUAUUUUCAAAAUUCUUUACAUCUGGCCUGCCAGACAAUAAUUAUAUGCUAAUUAUUGAAUAAAUGGCAUAAAGUACUCUGAA